CUGAGUGUUCUUUGAGAUUGCAUCAGAGAGAGCUAGGGUUCUUUACAAGGCACUGAGAAUAUCUCUUUUCUAUCAAAAUGACAUUCUUUUAAAAUUUCUGCCUUUUUUACUGGCUUAUCCCUGCAUUUUUCCUUCUCUGUGAUGGUCCAACCAGAUGAUCUAUCUCCUGAUUACACUAACCAACCACAACACGAAUUGUUCUGUGCCUGGUGAUCUUCUUUAGCCAAAUUAGCUCAGUUAGCGUCAUUCAAACAGUAGUUCUAACUCUCUGUUUAGACAGCCCGAGCAUGUAGGUGUCCUUGCCACGUCCUAGUACAAAGAGUAAAAAAUAGUAAGCCAUGUUGAUGAGACAGUUCAUGAAAUCAAUCCAGAAGUGAUACAGUAGGAGGUUCCCCAAACUGCCAAACUCUUUUUCAGUACAUAAUUUAUUUUAAAAUAUAACAACUCCAAGACAUGAGAAUUAGAGUGCAUUCAAUAAUUACCUGGUUUUGAAAACAAACCAAAAAAAGAACCCCAAACCACCCACAUAGCAUUUCACAGUUUAUUAUCCGUUUAACACUGGGGAGUCUUAGGAGUAUUAUCCUGUUUGUUAAUAUACAGUGUGUAGGCACCCUAAGAAGGCCUUGCUAUAGCUGUGACUUCUCUUCCCUUUUUUGUCUCACCAAUGAAUUUAUCUCACUGUGAAGUCUUGCAAAUUGCCAUAUGAUUUGAUAUCUGGACAAGAGUCUUAUUUAUUCUGGCUUUACAUGUAUGGAACAUAAUUGACUGAUGGAUUUAUGCCUAGUAACAACAUAAGAGCAGAAUCAGACACUGUUUACAUAGCAAUGCAAAAUAUUAUUAAAAAUAUCUGAAAAGCGAUCCUUGUAAUGUGGAUAUGUACUAGUUCUUAUAGUGUCCUGGUUAUGUAAAGGAAAUGAAAGAACUCAAGCUCAUCAUUAUAGCUCACGAUAAAAAUGAUGGAUGAAAGAGAAGAUUUAGUUGAAGAUCUGCUCACUGAGUAUGCCAUACAGCUUAGCAUUCAAGAAUCAAAUGGGGCCAAACCACCAGUGUCUUCCACCUAUAAUGACAGUUUUGUACCACCUAGUGAGGAAAACAGGAAAAUUGUAACAUCCAUAAAGGAAGGUCAAGUGUUUGGGCUCCAAGAACUUGUGAAACAGAAAUAUGCUUUGGAUGAAGCUGAUGAAAGAGGGUGGUUUCCACUACACGAGGCUGCAGCUCAGCCAAUUCAGCAAAUACUUGAAAUCAUUUUAGAUGCAUCUUAUAAAACAAUGUGGGAAUACAAAACUUGCGAUGGAGAAACACCAUUAACUUUGGCAGCAAAAGCCGGCUUUGUGGAAAAUGUAAGAACAUUACUGGAAAAGGGUGUUUGGCCCAAUACCACAAAUGACAAAGGAGAAACUCCACUUCUUAUCGCUGUAAGAAGGGGCUCUUUCGAAAUGGUAUCCACUCUGAUUAAACACAACUGUAGUAUCCACCAGCCAUGCGUAAAACGUUGGUCAGCAAUGCAUGAAGCUGCAAAACAGGGACGCAAAGACAUUGUUGCUCUUCUUCUGAAGAAUGGUGGAAAUGUGAACCUUAAGGAUGGAUAUGGAGUGACACCAUUAGGUGUUGCUGCUGAAUAUGGUCACUGUGAUGUGCUGGAGCAUCUUAUUCAUAAAGGUGGAGAUGUCCAGGCCUUAGCAGAUGAUGGUGCAUCGAUACUGUUUGAAGCAGCUGGAGGAGGUAAUCCAGACUGCAUAGCCCUUCUUUUGGAAUAUGGAGGAAGUGGCAAUGUGCCUAAUAAGGCAGGACUGCUUCCCAUACACAAAGCGGCUUAUGAGGGACAUUACCUGGCCCUGAAGUAUCUCAUUCCGGUCACAUCCCAAACCGCAAUCCAGAAAAGUGGGUUAAGCCCUGUUCACUCAGCAGCAGAUGGCCAGAACUCGCAGUGCCUAGAGCUUCUCAUUGAAAAUGGUUUUGAUGUCAACACUCUCUUGGCUGAACACAUUUCAAAUAGUUACGAUGAUGAAAGGAAAACUGCACUUUAUUUUGCUGUUUCUAACAAUGACAUUCUUUGCACUGAAAUACUGCUCAAAGCAGGGGCAAAUCCAAACAAGGAUCCUUUAAACUGUCUUCUUGUGGCAGUGAGAGCUGGCAACCAUGAAAUUGUAAGGCUGCUCCUAUCUUAUGGAGCAAAUGUCAAUUGCUACUUUAUGUUGGUUAAUGAUACGCAUUUCCCCAGCGCCAUUCAGUAUGCUUUGAAUGAUGAGGUGAUGCUGAGGCUGUUGCUCAACCAUGGAUAUAAUGUGGAGAUGUGUUUUGACUGUAUGCAUCAAGAUAUCUUUGGAAAUUCUUUUGUGUGGUCAACUCCAGAAGAAGAGAUUCUCCCUGGGUGGACUUCGUCUGUAAUAAAGGAUAAUCCAUUCUGUGACUUUAUUGCUGUUCCGUGGUUGAAACAUUUAGCAGGAAAAGUGGUUCGUGUUUUAAUAGAUUACAUGGAUUAUGUUCCUCUAUGCACAAAAAUUAAAUUUGUCUUAGAAACACAAAAAGAAUGGACAGAGAUAUGUCAGAUAUUGGAUAAUCCUCGCCCAUUGAAACAUCUGUGUCGUCUGAAAAUACGUAAACUCUUGGGGUUAAGGAGACUCCAGAAACUGUCAUCCAUGAAGAAGUUUCCACUUCCACCAGUUCUCAAGAACUAUAUCCUAUAUAAAGAAUAUGAUCUGUAUGGAAAAGGGAUACGUUUAGAAUAGUUUUUAAAAAUACCUGCAUACUGUCUGUAGUUUGACUCAUUUCCUCACUAUUUUCUUCUAGCUAAAGAGCUGCUUGGUGCUUUAUAUACAUUCACAACAUUCUGAUAUUUGUUGUUAAUAGCUCUUUUAUGGGAACAAAUUUUUCUUCAAACUAGAACAUUAAAGCUCAUGUUUUAAUACAUUGUACCUUCUAAAUAUAGGCUAAAAUCAGAAUAAGGACACUAUAAUAAUUAUGUAGAACAGUACACUUUAAAUGGGAAUUCAGAUUAAUAAAGAAUAGAAGAAGAAUUUUCCUGAUGGACUUCCCAAUGAAGAUGAUAAAUACAAUUGCUGCUCUCAGUUUGUAGCGUUAGUUUAUCUCUAAAAGAAAAUAAAUGUCUAACUUAGCUUGGCAAAGAAAAUUAAACCACUAAAUCCAUGUCUCUGUCAUGUAAUUGGCCUGAAAUGUAGCACAUUUUGUACUUUGAAAAUCAUGGUCCUAUUAUAAAAUUGUCCAAACACUUCAAA